AUGAGGACUGCUGCUUUUCCAACUUUCAGGAAGCUUUAUCGAAAGAUUCAGGACUCAAAUGGACAGCAAUUAAACCUUCCACCCGGAACUUACCAGCUGCUGACGUACUACAACUACCCAGUCCACAGAUUCGGCGGUGGAAAAUUCUUCGUUCUCGCGACCACGUCCUGGAUCGGUGGAAAGAACCUCUUCCUCGGCUGGACCUACGCGAUCGUCGGCGCAAUUUGCCUAGUCGUCAUGUUCUUUCUUCUUUGCAUCUCUCGCCGGAAUCACAAUCGCGACUAG